GCAGGCGCGUUGCGGAGCGGCCGGAGCCGUCGGGGGGGGCGACAUGAGCUGCAGCAACGAGAGCGACCCCGGCACCGCGGUGCCCGCAGCGCCCGCAGCGCCCGGGACCACCGGGACCACCGGGGACAACAAGCACAGCCCGGCCGCGGGCGGCAGCGGCGUCCCCGGGGCGCCACCCAGUGCGGCAGGAGGAGCGGCCAGGGGAGCGGACGGGGGAGCGGCGGCGGGGAGGGGACCCGCUCCCGUGUCGGCCGCGGCGCCGCCCGAAGGAGCGAUGUCCAACGGCGUUUACGUGCCGCCCGGCGCCGCCAACGGGGAGGUGAAGCCGGUGGUGUCGGGGACGCCGCUCGUGGAUUUCCUGCUGCAGCUGGAGGAUUACACGCCCACGAUCCCGGACGCCGUCACCGGGUAUUACCUGAACAGAGCGGGAUUCGAGGCCUCCGACCCGCGCAUCAUCCGGCUGAUCUCGUUGGCCGCACAGAAAUUCAUCUCUGACAUCGCCAACGACGCGCUGCAGCACUGCAAGAUGAAGGGAACGGCCUCGGGGAGCUCCCGCAACAAGAGCAAGGACAAGAAAUACACUCUGACCAUGGAGGACCUGACGCCCGCCCUGGCGGAAUACGGCAUCAAUGUGAAGAAGCCGCACUACUUCACGUGAAAGCAGGGCUCGUUGCUGGGGACUUUUCUAGGGUUUGCUUCUGCUCCAUUAAACCAAUGGGUAGUUUUUUUUCUGGUG